AUGUCUACCAUGGAGGACUUUAUGGAUAUCAAUGAGAUCCAUGACCUCACUGGCACUGAUACAGGUAUGACCUUUCCUAUUUUCCUCCCCCUUUUAGUCUUAAUGGAAUGGACUGUGCAUUAGCUGUCCAAAUGAUGGGAUUGUUUUUCUACCCUUGCUCUUCUCUCCUUGGUGUAGAGGAGCACAGAGGAGAUUCAGAGCAGGUGGAGGGGGCCGAGAGGGGAGCUAGGCCGACCAUCAGCGAGUUCAAAAAGACCUGGGGCUUCAGGCGGACCACGGUUGCCAGAAGAGAGUUUGUGGGAUUGGAUGAGAUUGAAGAUCCAGAAUCUCCACCCCUACCCUCACGUCGGGGCAGAGGCCGCCCAGCCAAGACCUAUUCAAGACGUGGGCGAGGGGGGAGGAGGAGCGUCCCGGCCGACCUGGAGUACUCCGGAACGGCCUCCCCCAUUCCAAUGGACACAGAGCCUUCCUCAGAACCCCAAGAGCUCUGCCCAGGUGGCAGCCUAGAUCCCACCUCUUGGCAGGACUUUGGAUCUGCAUUUGGCACUGCUUUUUCUCUACUUGGGGAGAAGGAGGAGGAUUACAUGCCCAUGGCUGCCCCUGCCCAAACUAUGGCUGCCCCUGCCCCUAGCUAUGGGGCUAGUGGGGACGUGGAAGCUGCCUCCAGUAUAGAGGAGGACAGUGAUGAGCUGACCCUGAAGCAGCUCCAGGAACGGCUGAGUACUAGGGGGAGGGGGGAGUCCAGGGGGAGGGGGGUCAGAGGGAGAGGCCGGGGGAGGGGAAGAGGGAGAGGCAGAGGACGAGGGAGAGGUAGGGGGCGUGGGAGGGGGAGGAGGGUGGAGCCAGAGUCGAGCACUGCGGACGAAGAGGAGGUGAUUUUUGUCAAUGAGUUGGAACCGCAGCAGGUGCAUCAGCCUCAGGCGGAAAGGGAGAGGAGUCCUGAGAAGGUUGUGGUAGAUUCUCAAAGCCCUUCUCCUUCUCAACAGUCCAGCUCAGACUCUAUGCCGCCUCUUGAGUCUGAUCCAGAGACAACAGAUGAAAAGGCUAGCCAAAAUGAUAAUGUAACAGAGGCAAAGGACAAGGUGGAAGAGGAGGAGAGGAUCGAGGAAGAAAAGUCAGAGUAUUCUAGCAUAUCGGACAGUGAGGGCUACAACCCCCAUGCCCUUUACUGCAUCUGUCGACAGAGACACAACAAAAGGUAUGUGUAGCAUUGUCUAGGACGGUAUUAAUCUGUGAAAACAAACAAGCAAGCAAGCCUAAUGUUUUUGGUAUAGCAACACUAAAUCUCGGCUGUUUCCAUCUGCCACAGACAUCUGUUUCUAAAUUGUCUGUGGUUGUUGAUUGUAGUUGUUGUUCUUUAGCUGACACUUUUCUUAUUGCUCUUCUGAUUCCUUGUCCAGGUUCAUGAUCUCCUGUGACAAUUGUCUGGAGUGGUUCCAUGGCGACUGCGUUGGCAUCAGCGAGAUGCAGGGCCGAAAGCUUGAGAGGAGUGGACGAGACUGGAUCUGCGCCACCUGCACCAGCAAGCGCCAGAGCCAGCCAGACCCCCAGCAGAGCUCCCCUGACUGCCUGACACUGCCCUACUCUGGGGAGGAGGAGGUUGUCCAUGAAGAGCAGGCCAGCGAGGUGAGAACUUAAAAAAACACUGAUUCCUUUGCUAGCAAGCAAGGAAAUAAAUUGUAGUUUGUGGUGUUAUAUGGCUUUCCUUGCUUUGUACGGCACGAACUUGACUACAUUUUAACCAUGGUGUUUAGUUGCAUGUUUGAGAUGUGAGCUGACGUGAGUCUGGUCCUAGGAGGCUGUGGUGCAGGAGGUGACUGAGAUGGUUGCUGAAGCUGAGAUGGAGUUGGACGGUUCCCUGCCCCAGUGCAUCGGCUCAGGGUGCAGUAAGCACGCCCUGCCCGACUCCGUUUACUGCGGCACAGACUGUAUCCUCCGGCACGCGGCUGCCACUAUGAAGACCCUCUCUGACUCCAAAGAGACUAAAACCAAACAACGCCCACAGAGGAGAGCAGCAGCCAAAACUGGCCCUAAGGUAACCCGUGGUUCAAAAUAGGUUGUUUUGGUUAAGAGACUGUACCUAAACUUUUCAAUUUUUUUCUUCUGCAUGUUGUCCUUGUUUCAUUUUGGUGAUGAAUGUAUGCUGAGAUUGUUUGCCUUUGAAAUAGAUAAAUAUGACACUUUGACACACUCACUCACAUAGUAUGAGUACAUUUAACCCCAAAUAAGAUGAUGUUGACCUCUGUGAAUAUUUUGACCUCAGGGUCAGAGGUCGGCUAGGAUGCCCCAGAUGUUGUUGGCGGAGCGGCCCGAAGAGGAGGGUGAGGAAGAGGAGGCUGAAGAAGUUGAGGGCAAGGAAGUGGACACAUCUACAUCUCCCUUAUCCUGUGACCCUAGUCUCACUGCAGUACAGGCCACAUCCAUAGUAUCACCUAUGUUUUACAAGUCGAGUAUGUAUCACUCACAGCACAUGCAUAUCCAACACAUACAGAAUACUUUCACUCAGUUGGCAUUCAUCAGACACUAGCUAUAACGUAACCUAUACCAUCCACAAUCUGUAGGUGUAGGGAGACAAGGUUAUUUGCAGGGGUCAGCAGCAAUGGGUAAGUGUACAAAUUUUGGCAACUUUGUUAUAAAAUGUUUUCCUUCAACUAGUUGAACAGGAAACGUGGAAAAAUAAUAGAAACCAAACCAAUCAACAAUCGAAAUUAAAUGUCCUCAGUUCCCAAAUAGUAGAAAGUUUAGUAUAGUCUGGUUGAGAUGCUUCUACUUCAAUACCACCGUCUUUCUACAGUCCAGUAUUUCAAUAGUUGCUAAUGUUUUGAUUUGACAAAUAUUGAAACCGGUACAUUAUUCAGUGACAGCCUUACAUGGCAACAACAUAACAACAAGGUACAGGCUGCAAUUAGGUGAGUCUGUCUUAAAAAUACUAGUAAAUUCUUCACACAAUUACUAAUGCAGAGUACUGUGUCAGGAAAUACAGUGGAAGUAUGUUUUCAAAAAUAGGAUACACAAGUUGUUCAGAUAAAAAUCACUGCUUGAUGGAAAGCGCAAAACCAAUUAACUCGUUGACACAUGAAUAUGGUUUUAGUUCUCAGGGAAAAAACAUUACUUCAGAGUCAAAGAAAAUUAAUGCUCGCUCACUAUGGUCCUAAAACAAGGUCUCUUCGGCCAUUCAGUAGUGCCUGGUAUAGGAAAUAGAUUAAUUCAACAAUGGAUGAAAAACCGGUGACACAGCAAUAGCACAUUUUCUGCCUCAAAGAUGGCAACCAAAUGCAAGCUACAGACCAGUUGAGCUUUUGGAGGAACUGGUUUGAAUUCUUUGUGCAAUGGCGUUUGAACUGUGACUGUGGGUGGAAUACUGAAGAGAAUCAUCCAGUCUUAUAAGAUUCAUAGAGCAAUGUUGACCGGUUAAUAGAAAAGGCCAAGGUUAGCUUUGGGUCGGUUUAAAUCCCUGGCUAAAGUUCAAGCUGCCACUUUUCUCAACAAUCACUGAUUUUGGCUAGACACAUCUGUAGCAUUGGCGCAUUGCAAUGGUCUCUGCUUUUCCUAGUUUCUUAUCUGCGCUGUUCACAAUCUUGCUUUCACUUCGCCUGUGUUUUCAUAUCAGUGCUCAUGGAGGAGAGGGGAUGAGCGCCACGCUCCCGCUCUUGGAACGUAAACUUUUGGCCAUUUUUGUAAUUAAGAUUUUAGAAUUUGUAUCCUAAAGAACGUGCAGUGUCAUGCUAUACACACAUGGGACACCAACACACACAGCCAUAUUGUACAUUGACUCAGAUCAGUGCUCAUGGAGGAGAGGGGACUAUUGAGAUGCAUCCCUUGUCCUUAGUCUUACAUACUAGAUUGCGCUCAUCCUCACGACUAGCUUCUUCAGAUCCAUUGCUUUUGCUAUAAACUACUUCUACAGGGCUGUCUUUGUUAUUUAAAGGCCCAAUGCAGCUGUUUUUAUAUCAAUAUCAAAUUAUUUCUGGAUAACAAUUAAGUACCUUACUGUAAUAGAUUCCCAUUAAAAUGAGCAAAAAUAUACUGAGCAAAAAUAUAAACGCAACAUGCAACAAUUUCAAAGAUUUUACAGAGUUACAGUUCAUACAGUGAAGGAAAAAAGUAUUUGAUACCCUGCUGAUUUUUUACGUUUGCCCACUGACAAAGACAUGAUCAGUCUAUAAUUUUAAUGGUAGGUUUAUUUGAACAGUGAGAGACAGAAUAACAACAAAAAAAUCCAGAAAAACACAUGUCAAAAAUGUUAUAAAUUGAUUUGCAUUUUAAUGAGGGAAAUAAGGAUUUGACCCCUCUGCAAAACAUGACUUGGUGGAAAAACCCUUGUUGGCAAUCACAGAGGUCAGACGUUUCUUGUAGUUGGCCACCAGGUUUGCACACAUCUCAGGAGGGAUUUUGUCCCAGUCAUUAAGGUUUCGAGGCUGACGUUUGUCAACUUGAACCUUCAGCUCCCUCCACAGAUUUUCUAUGGGAUUAAGGUCUGGAGACUGGCUAGGCCACUCCAGGACCUUAAUGUGCUUCUUCUUGAGCCACUCCUUUGUUGCCUUGGCCGUGUGUUUUGGGUCAUUGUCAUGCUGGAAUACCCAUCCACGACCUAUUUUCAAUGCCUUGGCUGAGGGAAGGAGGUUCUCACCCAAGAUUUGACGGUACAUGGCCCGUCCAUCGUCCCUUUGAUGCGGUGAAGUUGUCCUGUCCCCUUAGCAGAAAAACACCCCCAAAGCAUAAUGUUUCCACCUCCAUGUUUGAUGGUGGGGAUGGUGUUCUUGGGGUCAUAGGCGGCAUUCCUCCUCCUCCAAACACGGCGAGUUGAGUUGAUGCCAAAGAGCUCGAUUUUGGUCUCAUCUGACCACAACACUUUCACCCAGUUCUCCUCUGAAUCAUUCAGAUGUUCAUUGGCAAACUUCAGACGGGCCUGUAUAUGUGCUUUCUUGAGCAGGGGGACCUUGCGGGCGCUGCAGGAUUUCAGUCCUUCGCGGCGUAGUGUGUUACCAAUUGUUUUCUUGGUGACUAUGGUCCCAGCUGCCUUGAAAUCAUUGACAAGAUCCUCCCGUGUAGUUCUGGGCUGAUUCCUCACCGUUCUCAUGAUCAUUGCAACUCCACGAGGUGAGAUCUUGCAUGGAGCCCCAGGCCGAGGGAGAUUGACAGUGCUUUUUUGUUUCUUCCAUUUGCGAAUAAUCGCACCAACUGUUGUCACCUUCUCACCAAGCUGCUUGGCGAUGGUCUUGUAGCCCAUUCCAGCCUUGUGUAGGUCUACAAUCUUGUCCCUGACAUCCUUGGAGAGCUCUUUGGUCUUGGCCAUGGUGGAGAGUUUGGAAUCUGAUUGAUUGAUUGCUUCUGUGGACAGGUGUCUUUUAUACAGGUAACAAGCUGAGAUUAGGAGCACUCCCUUUAAGAGUGUGCUCCUAAUCUCAGCUCAUUACCUGUAUAAAAGACACCUGGGAGCCAGAAAUCUUUCUGAUUUGAGAGGGGGUCAAAUAUUUAUUUCCCUCAUUAAAAUGCAAAUCAAUUUAUAACAUUUUUGACAUGUGUUUUUCUGAUUUUUGUUGUUGUUAUUCUGUCUCACUGUUCAAAUAAACCUACCAUUCAAAUUAUAGACUGAUCAUUUCUUUGUCAGUGGGCAAACGUACAAAAUCAGCAGGGGAUCAAAUACUUUUUUCCCUCACUGUAUAAGGAAAUCAGUCAAUUGAAAUAAAUUCAUCAGGUAGGUGUGUGACUCAGAAAACCAGUCAGUAUCUGGUGUGACCACCAUUUGCCUCAUGCAGCGCGACACAUCUCCUUCGCGUAGUUAAUGAGGAUGUUGAUGAUUGCCUAUGGAAUGUUGUCCCACUUCUCUUCAAUGGCUGUGUGAAGUUGCUGGAUAUUAGGGGGAACUGGAACACACUGCCAUACACGUCGAUCCAGAGCAUCCCAAACAUGCUCAAUGGGUGACAUGUCUGGUGGGUAUGCAGGCCAUGGAAGAACUGGGCCAUUUUCAGCUUCCAGUAAUUGUGUACAGAUCCUUGCGACAUGGGGCCGUGCAUUAUCAUGCUGAAACAUAAGGUGAUGAUGGCGGAUAAAUGGCACAACAAUGGGCCUCAGGAUCUCGUCACGGUAUCUCUCUGCAUUCUAAUUGCCAUAGAUAAAACGCAAUUGUGUUCGUUGUCCGUAGCUUAUGCCUGCCCAUACCAUAACCCCACCGCCACCUUGGGGCACUCUGUUCACAACGUUGACAUCAGCAUACUGCUCGCCCACUAGACGCCAUACACGUGGUCUGCGGUUGGAAGUAAUGCCAAAUUCUCUAAAACGACAUUGGAGGCAGCUUAUGGUAGGCAAAUGAACAUUCAAUUUUCUGGCAACAGCUCUGGUGGACAUUUCUGCAGUCAGCUUGCCAAUUGCACGCUCCCUCAAAACGUGAGACCUCUGGUGUUGUGGCAAAACUGCACAUUUUAGAGUGGCCUUUUAUUGUCCCCAGCACAAGGUGCACCUGUGUAAUGAUGUUUAAUCAGCUUCUUGAUAUGCCACACCUGUCAGGUGGAUGGAUUAUCUUGGCAAAGGAGAAAUGCUCACUAACAGGGAUGUAAACAAAUUAGUGAACCAAAUGAGAUGAAUAAGCAUUUUCUGCAUAUGGAACAUUUCUAGGAUAUUUUAUUUCAGCUCAUGAAACAUAUGACCAACACUUAUUGUGCUUAUAUUUUAGUUCAUUGUAGUUUUUUUUGCACAAAAAACUUUCUCAAGCAAGAAUUUUACUAGGACGGUCUGGGAGUGGUCUGAGUGAGGAAGAGGGAAAUUGAAAACUAUCUGUUAUUGACAGAGAGGUUUAGAACUCUCUUUAUUGGUCUAUUAACUAAUUUACUGCAUGGUGAUGUCACUAUGGAAAGCCAAAACUCCCACCCAUCCAAACCUGCUGAAGAAAAGGUCCUGUGUAGAUUGUAUUUGCAACCAUUAACUAUUAGGAAAUAACACUGAUACAUUUUUUUCACACUUUUACAGUGUUCGAGAUGUGUCAUCAGCUGUUGUACAAUAUAAUACCAAACACAGGAAAAACUGAAUUUUGACUGCACUGGGCCUUUAAAACAAUGCUUCAGCUAUUCAUCAAAGGAUCAUAUUCACCUGAGCACCGGAGACUGCACUGUCUAUCCAGACAUGGGAUUUGUUUUCAGAAGCAUCUAUUCAUAAAGGGUACAUUUGUAUUUUAGGAUGUAUGCAUGUGUUUGAAAGAAAGCUACCAUAGUUGGCAACAUUUGCUACAAGUUGUCAUGAAGUGCUUGACAGUAACCUGGCCUAGACCCCAAAGGCUAAGCAGAACCCCAGUGGCAAGAAAAAGAAGCCUUGAGAGGAACCAGGCUGAGGGGAGGCCCAUCCUCUGGCUGUACCAGGUAGUUACCUACAUUGUACUUGUAUGUUGUUCAAAGAAUACGAGCAGGGACAGACCGUUUUCUGUAUCUGCGAGGCACACACGGUUAAGGAUGUUUUGGCCAGAUAGUUGUCCAUAAAAGGCUUAUAAUACUCAGUUUUGGGGUAUAGACUUUGCAGACACAGCAUGAUGGGACAGACUAAUAUGUGGAGGCACCAACUGGUAGGGUGAAGCAGAAAGGGAGGGAAUGGGGCAGUAGGGCAGCAUCUGGACGUGUUGGUGGAAAGCUGUCUAUAAUGGUAGUAAUUGAGUACAACAAAGGCAGUCCCAGCCAGUGCGCAUGUUCACUUUGGCACCUUUUCCAUACCAAACAAUUUACAACUGUUCAGUGCUGUUGAAUGUGGACUUGUGGUUUCACUCGGAUAAGUAUGACGGUCUAGAUUGAUUCAUACUUUAGCAAAGUUUUUCCCUCAAAGUGAGUUUGAAUUUUCCAAUCUGCCAAAGAAAUUUCGAUUUUGGACAUUGGUUAUUGUCACUGGUGUCCAGAGGCACGACCUGGUCCUCUGCCUUGCCCUCUGGUAAUUAAUGCUACCCCUUUACCCAUGCCACUUGGUAUUCAAAAGAGUACCCAUGUUCAGCAGUUUGAUCAUUUGACACUGGAACCCUAUCAGUUCUAUUCCCAACUAAUUUUUGACUUACAAGAGACCUUGCUGCAACUGACAUGAUUGUACAGAUUUUAUUUAGCUAGUGCAUUUAGCGAGGGGGGAAAAAAAUGGUCAUACUCGAUUUAAUAUUGCAAUACAUAUCAUUUGUUGAUGAGGAAACACAAACUCAAAUAAUUCAAAAUGGGAACAUUUGUAAAAAAAUAUAUAUAUAUAUAUAUAUUGUUAUCUUUUUUUGGCCCCGUGUGGUCUUAAAAAAAAAAGAAGGGGGAAUGGGAGCUCUGUAACCCUUUACAUAUAUUCCCCCCUCUUUAUUUCAGACAGGUGGAAACUAGAUGGGGUUACAGGUUGGUAGAGGGGAGAACAGGAGGAAAGUGGUGGUUGCAGUGGGAUUCGAUCCCACGCUGUUCUGGGGGACUGCUGCGCCACACCCCAGCAGUUGAAACUUAAAACUUUUGGCAAUUUUCUUUAUGAAUAAUUUUUAUCUUCAACUUGCAGUGUCUCACACACACACACACACACACACACACACACACACACACACACACACACACGCACUAGUUGAUAUUUGGCUCACUUUUAGGCUUAUGUCUGGCCACAAAUCCUUACCGGACCGUUCCUGGCUAUACACUACACCUCAGACAUUUCAACAGCUCACACACACAAACCCCAACAUGCACACAGACCAGAGGGAAAGAGGAUUCUAUGCAAAUAGGGACUUGGAGAGAUUGGCGAGCGGAGCAGUUUUUCAGCUGGAGCAUGGAGCCGCUGAGAGGAUGUUCAUUACAUUUACGUCAUUUAGCAGACGCUCUUACAAAUUGGUGCAUUCACCCUAUAGCCAGUGUGAUAACCACUUUACAAUAUAUAUAUAUAUAUAUAUAUAUUUUUUUUAAGGGCGGGGGGGGGGGAGAAGGAUUACUUUAUCCUAUCCCAGGUAUUCCUUAAAGAGGUGGGGUUUCAAAUGUCUCCGGAAGGUGGUGAGUGACUCCGCUGUCCUGGCGUCGUGAGGGAGCUUGUUCCACCAUUGGGGUGCCAGAGCAGCGAACAGUUUUGACUGGGCUGAGCGGGAACUAUGCUUCCGCAGAGGAAGGGGAGCCAGCAGGCCAGAGGUGGAUGAACGCAAUGCCCUCGUUUGGGUGUAGGGACUGAUCAGAGCCUGAAGGUACGGAGGUGCCGUUCCCCUCACAGCUCCAUAGGCAAGCACCAUGGACUUGUAACAGAUGCUAGCUUCAACUGGAAGCCAGUGGAGUGUGCGGAGGAGCGGGGUGACGUGAGAGAACUUGGGAAGGUUGAACACCAGACGGGCUACGGCAUUCUGGAUGAGUUGUAGGGGUUUAAUGGCACAGGCAUUAAACCCCUACAAUGCCAUGCAGGAUUUCUCCAAGGAUCAUGACAAACAGUGAAUGCCAGAUUAAUUUAACCAUUUCAAUAAAGAAGACAAAUACACAGCUGGCCAAUGCCACUGACAAUCAAUACUGCAAUGCCUGGCAGAUCAGCAGGAAUUGUAAAAUGAUACUUCCAAUAAUUCCAAUUUGGAACAUGACCUGAAUUAUCCUAUUAGGAUUUGAAAUCACUCACAAAAGGACACACUUGCGCCUUUGCUCUACAGUUGGGUUAUAGUUUAUUUGUCUUGAGUUAAUUCAAUAACCUGUAUUAGUGAACACCUGUUUGAAUCCUGCACGUGAAUGGGGUUCAGUGAAAUGCCAUGGAAAUGUGCAAGGAGUACAGCAAUUUAUUUAGUCAUUUAGUUAUUGCACACAUGGAACAAUGACUAAGGCUGUGUUUAGACUGGCAGCCCAAUUUAUGUUAUUUUUUUCACUAAUUGGUAUUUUGACCAAUCAGAUCAGCUCUGAAAAUGAUCUGAUGUGAUUGGUCAAAAGACCAAUUUAGUGAAAAAAAUAUCAGAAUUGGGCUGCCUGUGUAAACGCAGUCAUAGUUUCCAGUUAUACAUUUUAGUAACCUGGUCAAGUACACAAGCAUUAUUCUGAACCAUUUGAAGGGUUUUCCACAAAACAGACAUGUAUUUUAUGUACAUUUAGUAUUUUUUCUUGUUUUCCUGUGGUUCUGUUUUUAUUUUUGACAGUUACAAAUCCUGAACACAUCUGACACUAGAGGAACGCAACCUCAUUGCUAAUACCCUUACAAUGUGGCCAUGUGUCUUACGUCUCACAAUUCAUAUGGAAACAUUUGACAUAGAUGACCAGCUGAUUUAAAAAAAAAAUAUUGAUCCGAUACGUUUCAGAUUCACUUACAAGUAUUCACACCCUCACUGCUAUUUUGCAAAUAUGGACUGGGUACUGACCUCUAUCACACUACCUGAGAUGAUGAGUGACUACCAAUAUUAUGGUCGGACACAGACUGAGACACCAAGCCCCUGACCUAGACCUUGUAUACUGUUUUUAGUCACAACCAAGAUUUAGGCCGCAGUCAAAUAACAACCCCUGACCUCUACCUCAGUUUUUGCAGAUCUGAAUGAACUAUAAGAAGGCUAGGUGGAGGCGUCAUCAUUGCUUAUUUUGCCAGUGUUACUCAAUACUUUCAUGGGGGACUCCAGGAGGUGCAGCUUUUUGUUCCAGCUCAGCACUAACAUACCAGUGCAGCCUCAUGGGCCCCAAGAUUAAGGAAAACUGUUAUUCCUUUGUUUGCAGAUCUGAAGGAACUGGAUAGGUGUAAGCAGUAUGUGUCUUCAUCUCUGCUCUCUGUUCAACCAUUAUCUACCGUUUUAGCUUUUCGUCUUUUGUUAAACACAAGCACCCUCUACUGGCCAGACAUUAGAAUAUAUUUUAAACAGUGCAAUUAUUCAGUGUGACGUUCUCCUGAGAAUGUAUCAUAUUACCGUACCCCCAAGAAAGUGUCGUGAGAAAUCUCAGUCAAUACUAAUACCACAGCAUUUCUAAACCCAGAAGGACAACAUCGCGAUACAUCGGGAAAGGCUUGCGAAACAGACCAGGCCGAGGGUUCGAGAAGUCAAUGAGAGAAGUGAAAAAUUCUUCCUUAGUUGUUCAUUUUCUCGAAAUCUAAAGGCACAACCUAGAUUCGAGCCAAUGUCUUAAGAAGUUGAACAUGUUAUUACUCCAACCUCAUAAAAGUCAUAAACUGACACGUUUUUCUUUUUUUUCAAAAACAACUUUAUAUCGAAGGAGUGCCUUUGAUUUGACGUCCUGCACAUGGGCAGUUCGGCGCGAGAAGAACGUUUGACCCAUGACAUGUUUCUAUGCAUGAGCUGUGCUAGCCAACUUUGACAUGACAUCGCCUACAUGUGUGAUCGUGGAUUUCUAUUUGGAGAUGCAGUUUUAGCCUAUCUUCAUACUGUACUGUCUUUGCUAAUACUUUAAUGAUACAUAAUACAUAAUUUUACAUCGUUCAUGUUUGGGUAGCGUUCUACUGUAGAAACGACUAUAUCAGAUACUGUAAGCAUUCUGAGUGAGAUGUUAUAAAAUUGUUCAACUACACACAUUUAAUGCCCAGAUCAUAAUUCGUUUUAUUGGUCAUGAUGUUCUUUAUAUCCAAGUCACUUGAUUGCGGCAAGGGUGCCGUUCCAUUCACUUGCUAAUGUGACUGGUUAACACUCAAGCAUAGAGCUUGACCUGAUUUGCUGCUUUUACAAUCUAAACAGAUGCCUUACAGAAGAAGGAAGUACUGCUCCAAAAUGCACACUAGACACACUUAAAUCUUAAUCUCACAAAUUAUCAUAUGACAGAAGUCCAAUAAAGUACAUAAAUAGUAAUCUGUAGUUUCUCCAAUAGAUCACAACAGGAUCUGUGUAGAAUCUCUACAUUUAAUCACGCAAGUUUUGUAAUAUUGCUAGAUGCAACCGCAUACAAUGGAUAUUGAGUAGGAAAGUGUGGAUUUAACCAGAAGUCCUGUGUUUAUGGAGCGAGCCUAUUAACAUCUGUGCCAUAACAUUCCAGGACCUCGUUUCCCAGAGCCUUCGUAGCGUUAAGAUCAUAUCUUUAGUAGCCAAGGUCUUUCCCAGAGCCUUUGUUAGUAUCGUGGCUCUUAAAAACCUUCACACAUCUACGGAGUGAUCCUGACCACUCAUAGAGCAGCCAAAGUGCAUCAUUAGGCUUAUUUUCUGCCUUACCUCACAAGAUAUCCUUCUAUAACAAUGUAAGUGUUUUGUGUGAAUGGGCAUGAUCAUACAAUGUUACAUUUUUCAUUUGGGUAAUGUAUAGGAUCUAAUGUAAUAUUUUAAAUAUGUAUUUAUAACAUUUUGUCAAGCUUAGUUUUAUUUGAUCCAAAGCUGAAUCUUAUCGGGUACAAAUUGGAAACACCUGGAACUCUAUAAACGGCAAGCCAUUGUCAGGUCAGUGGAACAACAAUAAUACAGCAUGGCUGCUAUUCAGCUGAUUAUUUAUCCAACAUAACCGGUGACUCUGGCUGCGCAGUCGGUUGGUGUUUAUAAAUGUGCAUGUUCAAAACAACCUGAGGCUGUUGCAGACUCACAAUGAUGGGGCUAAUAAUAAUCGCAGCACCGCCAUCCCCAAACAUCUUCCUGUGGCUAUGCGCUGAGGUGCAGCUUCUAACAGCCUUGUGCUUUUACUCAGUGUGGCGUUUACUUUAGGGCUUUGGGGAUGGACAUAGAAUAUACAUUUUUAUGAAAAACCUAAAUGUGUGUAGUAGAGGGUUAGGGGUUAGUUACUGUAUAUAUUUGUGGACCGUGGAUCAAAUCUUUAAAAUGAUUAACAUUACAUGACAAAUGGUUAGUUUGUUAUUUAUUUUCAUACAUAAAACCUAGUCUGCGGAAUUUAUAGGCCUAGCCUACGUUUCACAUGAAAUGUGGGCUAUUAGUCGUGCUCGCUAAUGACGCAAGCGGCAUCGCUUUCAGCACCAGGAAACUGGACAGCUCCCCCAAUGGGAUUGUGGGAAAAACUGAACACGACCCCAACGAUGCUCUUAGCUGUUGCUCUUACAGGUUCACACUACCUGCUUAUUUGGGAAAGACUUUUGAAAAGUUGGCUCGUAAAUAACGAUGCUUUUGGUAUGAUCAUGUAAUGCUUAAGUUACAACGCAACUGGGAAACGAGGCCCAGACCUCUUAGCAGAGAUCAUUGUGCUCUCACAUACAGGGAGGCUCUCCCUCUCUCAAGGAGUGUCCUGCACACACACACCCCAAUGCAAACAGGGGAACACUUCUUCAAAGGCCCAGAGUAACAAAAAAAUAUGUGUCAUUUCAAUGCUUCCAUCAAUAGCUAUGGAAGCUGGAACAGCUAAAGCAACACUUGAACCAGCAGAGGACAAUUCAAGUGCACUACUGCCUGUGCCAUAAAGUUCCAGACCUCAUGGCAGGUGCCAUAGUAUACUUUCCGAAGGCAGGCUUCAAGAAAAGUCAUGAUAUAGGGGGGGCUACAUAGCUGAUGGAAAGAGAAAUGAAAGGACUGUAUGUCCCUACAUGACAGGGAUCUACCAUGCCAGUCCUUCGAGGGCUGCAGUCCUACUUGUUUUCAUGUCUCCCUGGCACGUCACUGAUCAAUUUGUGUCAUUGAUUAGCCAUUGACCACCUGAAUCCAGGUUUUCGGCUUCUUAUGAAAAAGCAAAGACGAAAACCAGCGUAUACGGCGUCCAUCAAGUAUUAGUGUUGUGUACAUCUGCGCUAUAAGGAACAAAUCUGCCAUGCCCAGUGUCAGCGGGUCUAAUAGACUAGACGUAACAGAGUAAACGUAAAUCCGGGACACUCAAAUUAUAAUGAUAUGUUACGUUUGGUAUGGUUACAUACGGUGCUUGACUUUGACUGAAAUAAGUGCCGGUACUCAUUUUGGGUGCCAGUACUGUUUAUAUUUGGGAGCAGGAGCUCCACAAUACUUUUAAGCUAAUAUUCUACAAGAGGAACAGGAGCUCAAGCAGUAGAACAUUUGAGGUGCCAGUACUUGUCUCAGUUGAGCUCCUGCCCAAGUCAAGCACUGGUUAUAUAAGAUGGAAGAUUACUUAAGGCAAAAACGAAAGAAGGAUGUCUGGAACUCUUGGAGGGAUGCAACACCAUUCUUCAACAAGAAAUUCCAUAAUUUGGUGUUUUGUUGACGGUGGUGGAAAACGAUGUCUUAGGCGCCGCUCCAGAAUCUCCCAUAAGUGUUCAAUUGGAAUGAGAUCUGGUGACUGAGAGACACACACACACACUUUAAACCCCCUAUGCUCUUUUGAGACCCUUCUUUCAAAGUCAUUGUGAUCUCUUCUAGCCAUGGUAGCAAAAAGAAUGGGCAACUGGGCAUUUUUAUACAUGACCCAGUGUUUCCGUUAGCUGGCUUUUGGUCAAUAAAAAUAUUGAAAAGCGGAUAAAUAAAUAUGGCGCCGGCCAAUUGUCCGGGAGAAGAAAAUAUUACGAAAUAAUGCUUUUUAACCUAUUAAUUGAUGGAAAUACCAGUCGAUUUAAAUACACUGCUCAAAAAAAUUAAGGGAACACUAAAAUAACACAUCCUAGAUCUGAAUGAAUGAAAUAAUCUUAUUAAAUACUUUUUUCUUUACAUAGUUGAAUGUGCUGACAACAAAAUCACACAAAAAUUAUCAAUGGAAAUCAAAUUUAUCAACCCAUGGAGGUCUGGAUUUGGAGUCACCCUCAAAAUUAAAGUGGAAAACCACACUACAGGCUGAUCCAACUUUGAUGUAAUGUCCUUAAAACAAGUCAAAAUGAGGCUCAGUAGUGUGUGUGGCCUCCACGUGCCUGUAUGACCUCCCUACAACGCCUGGGCAUGCUCCUGAUGAGGUGGCGGAUGGUCUCCUUAGGGAUCUCCUCCCAGACCUGGACUAAAGCAUCCGCCAACUCCUGGACAGUCUGUGGUGCAACGUGGCGUUGGUGGAUGGAGCGAGACAUGAUGUCCCAGAUGUGCUCAAUUGGAUUCAGGUCUGGGGAAUAGGCGGGCCAGUCCAUAGCAUCAAUGCCUUCCUCUUGCAGGAACUGCUGACACACUCCAGCCACAUGAGGUCUAGCAUUGUCUUGCAUUAGGAGGAACCCAGGGCCAACCGCACCAGCAUAUGGUCUCACAAGGGGUCUGAGGAUCUCAUCUCGGUACCUAAUGGCAGUCAGGCUACCUCUGGCGAGCACAUGGAGGGCUGUGCGGCCCUCCAAAGAAAUGCCACCCCACACCAUGACUGACCCACCGCCAAACCGGUCAUGCUGGAGGAUGUUGCAGGCAGCAGAACGUUCUCCACGGCGUCUCCCGACUCUGUCACGUCUGUCACAUGUGCUCAGUGUGAACCUGCUUUCAUCUGUGAAGAGCACAGGGUGCCUUGGUGUUCUCUGGCAAAUGCCAAACGUCCUGCACGGUGUUGGGCUGUAAGCACAACCCCCACCUGUGGACGUCGGGCCCUCAUACCACCCUCAUGGAGUCUGUUUCUGACCGUUUGAGCAGACACAUGCACAUUUGUGGCCUGCUGGAGGUCAUUUUGCAGGGCUCUGGCAGUGCUCCUCCUGCUCCUCCUUGCACAAAGGCGGAGGUAGCAGUCCUGCUGCUGGGUUGUUGCCCUCCUACGGCCUCCUCCACGUCUCCUGAUGUACUGGCCUGUCUCCUGGUAGCGCCUCCAUGCUCUGGACACUACGCUGACAGACACAGCAAACCUUCUUGCCACAGCUCGCAUUGAUGUGCCAUCCUGGAUGAGCUGCACUACCUGAGCCACUUGUGUGGGUUGUAGACUCCGUCUCAUGCUACCACUAGAGUGAAAGCACCGCCAGUAUUCAAAAGUACCCAAAACAUCAGCCAGGAAGCAUAGGAACUGAGAAGUGGUAUGUGGUCACCACCUGCAAAACCAGUCCUUUAUUGGGGGUGUCUUGCUAAUUGCCUAUAAUUUCCACCUGUUGUCUAUUCCAUUUGCACAACAGCAUGUGAAAUUUAUUGUCAAUCAGUGUUGCUUCCUAAGUGGACAGUUUGAUUUCACAGAAGUGUGAUUGACUUGGAGUUACAUUGUGUUGUUUAAGUGUUCCCUUUAUUUUUUUGAGCAGUGUACAUUUGACUGGUCAUGCUUUUGGUCUAUAGGCACAUUUAAAUAAUUGAGUGGAAUUAAAUUGGCGCGUGUACAGUAUAUUCAUUAUGUAGGCUAUCUUAUUUAUCACACGUACAGCAUACAGAUACAGAGUCUUUGAGCGGAAAAUCUGUCAGAGCGCCAGAGUUGCAUCUCAAACAGCAAAUUCAUAGGCAAUGGAAGGCAGGCUUCAUCAGUGCAUCACACACCACUGCCUCCAGCAAUGAGCUGGAGGCGGUAUGCAUUUUCAAAACAUAUACUUCAUUAUUUGAAACCUGAACAUUUUACUACAUAUUAUGAGGCAUGUCUUACCUUGCUUCAAAGUAGGCCUAGCCAAAAUCAGACCAUAUCUGUGGAGGCAAUUAUUUUAUAUCAACUUUCUUUCGUUGUCCAGUAGCCAAAGGCACAAUCCUAGUCAUAUUAGCAACCCAUGCUAAUGGUUGCAUAUUACAGUCGUGGUCAAAAGUAUUGAGAAUGACACAUACUAAUUUUCACAAAGUCUGCUGCCUCAGUUUUGAUGAUGGCAAUUUGCAUAUACUCCAGAAUGUCAUGAAGAGUGAUCAGAUGAAUUGCAGUUAAUUGCAAAGUCCCUCUUUGCCAUGAAAAUGAACUUAAUCCCCAAAAAACAAUUCCACUGCAUUUCAGCCCUGCCACAAAAGGACCAGCUGCCAUCAUGUCAGUGAUUCUCUCGUUAACACAGGUGAGAGUGUUGACGAGGACAAGGCUGGAGAUCACUCUGUCAUGCUGAUUGAGUUAGAAUAACAGACUGGAAGCUUUAAAAGGAGGGUGGUGCUUGAAAUCAUUGUUCUUCCUCUGUUAACCAUGGUUACCUGCAAGGAAACACGUGCCGUCAUCAUUGCUUUGCACAAAAAGGGCUUCACAGGCAAGGAUAUUGCUGCUAGUAAGAUUGCACCUAAAUCAACCAUUUAUCGGAUCAUCAAGAACUUCAAGGAGAGAGGUUCAAUUGUUGUGAAGAAGGCGUCAGGGCGCCCAAGAAAGUCCAGCAAGCGCCAGGACCGUCUCCUAAAGUUGGUUCAGCUGCGAGAUCGGGGCACCACCAGUGCAGAGCUUGCUCAGGAAUGGCAGCAGGCAGGUGUGAGUGCAUCUGCACGCACAGUGAGGCGAAGCCUUUGGGAGGAUGGCCUGGUGUCAAGAAGGGCAGCAAAGAAGCCACUUCUCUCCAGGAAAAACAUCAGGGACAGACUGAUAUUCUGCAAAAGGUACAGGGAUUGGACUGCUGAGGACUGGGGUAAAGUCAUUUUCUCUGAUGAAUCCCCUUUCCGAUUGUUUGGGGCAUCCGGAAAACACGUUGUCCGGAGAAGACAAGGUGAGCCCUACCAUCAGUCCUGUGUCAUGCCAACAGUAAAGCAUCCUGAGACCAUUCAUGUGUGGGGUUGCUUCUCAGCCAAGGGAGUGGGCUCACUCACAAUUUUGCCUAAGAACACAGCCAUGAAUAAAAAAUGGUACCAACACAUCCUCCGAGAGCAACUUCUCCCAACUAUCCAAGAACAGUUUGGUGACGACCAAUGCCUUUUCCAGCAUGAUGGAGCACCUUGCCAUAAGGCAAAAGUGAUAACUAAGUGGCUCAGGGAACAAAACAUCGAAAAUGUUGGGUCCAUGGCCAGGAAACUCCCCAGACCUUAAUCCCAUUGAGAACUUGUGGUCGAUCCUCAAAAGGUGGGUGGACAAACAAAAACCCACAAGUUCUGACAAACUCCAAGCAUUGAUUAUGCAAGAAUGGGCUGCCAUCAGUCAGGAUGUGGCCCAGAAGUUAAUAGACAGCAUGCCAGGGCGGAUUGCAGAGGUCUUGAAAAAGAAGGGUCAACACUGCAAAUAUUGACUCUUUGCAUAAACUUAAUGUAAUUGUCAAUAAAAGCCUCUGACACUUAUGGAAUUCUUGUAAUUAUACUUCAGUAUACCAUAGUAACACCUGACAAAAAUAUCUCAUAACACUGAAGCAGCGAACUUUGUGAAGACCAAUACUUGUCAUUCUCAACUUUUGACCACGACUGUAGAUUUCCCCUCUUUCUAAAUUUCUAAUGGAUAUUUUCAUCUCUGUCACAUGAAACCGCUCGCAUGCUUUUAACAACAGUGUUUUCUCGCUAAUUGUACUAUGGAAAGAAAAUUCACACAUGUGCAUUUCUACACUUAUAAUGUGAAGAAAUAAGUUUAUCAACAUUUUAAGCUAAACAUUCUGAUCUGUUGCAUCAGACUCAUUGCUUUUUAACGUUUUCAAUUUUUUGUAUGUAGCCUAGGCCUACUGGUUGCAUGCAUUUGGGAUCUUUCGUCCCACAACUGUCCCAGAGUUUGUUUGGAAUAGGCUAUUUCUUUCUUGACAAGCUGACCAAUGGAAUAGGUAAACGUUUCUACUAUGGUGGAUAGUAGAUUGACAUAGGCUAGUGAUUUUGCUGUUCGUUACUUGUCUUGCUGGCUGAGGAAAAGUAAAUGUGGACAGUUAUUCUAACAUCUUCAAAGUGUGCAUCAGAAUUUGGUAAGAAGGACCGCACAUCGUUGCAUCCUCAACUUGCAUGUUCUGUUAAUAUGAAUGACCAUAAUCUAAAUGUGAUUUCUGUCCUUCUGAGCACCAUGAGUGGACGCCCUAAUCAGGUUACGCACCCAAUGCAUAUCCGGUAAAUUUCUCAAACAUUCAGUAAAUUAACAUGCUGCUAGUCAAAUGUCCGGCGCCACAUUUUCCUAACGGAAACCCUGACAUGACCCUAAGCAUGAUGGGAUGUUAAUUGUUUAAUUCACUCAGGAACCACACCUGUGGAAGCACCUGCUUUCAAUAUACAAUAUACACUGCUCAAAAAAAUUAAGGGAACACUUAAACAACACAAUGUAACUCCAAGUCAAUCACACUUCUGUGAAAUCAAACUGUCCACUUAGGAAGCAACACUGAUUGACAAUAAAUGUCACAUGUUGUUGUGCAAAUGGAAUAGACAACAGGUGGAAAUUAUAGGCAAUUAGCAAGACACCCCCAAUAAAGGACUGGUUUUGCAGGUGGUGACCACAGACCACUUCUCAGUUCCUAUGCUUCCUGGCUGAUGUUUUGGUCACUUUUGAAUGCUGGUGGUGCUUUCACUCUAGUGGUAGCAUGAGACUGAGUCUACAAUCCACACAAGUGGCUCAGGUAGUGCAGCUCAUCCAGGAUGGCACAUCAAUGCGAGCUGUGGCAAGAAGGUUUGCUGUGUCUGUCAGCGUAGUGUCCAGAGCAUGGAGGCGCUACCAGGAGACAGGCCAGUACAUCAGGAGAUGUGGAGGAGGCCGUGCAGGACGUUUGGAAUUUGCCAGAGAACACCAAGAUUGGCAAAUUCGCCACUGGCGCCCAUUGCUCUUCACAGAUGAAAGCAGGUUCACACUGAGCACGUGACAGACGUGACAGAGUCUGGAGACGCCGUGGAGAACGUUCUGCUGCCUGCAACAUCCUCCAGCAUGACCGGUUUGGCGGUGGGUCAGUCAUGGUGUGGGGUGGCAUUUCUUUGGGGGGCCGCACAGCCCUCCAUGUGCUCGCCAGAGGUAGCCUGACUGCCAUUAGGUACCGAGAUGAGAUCCUCAGACCCCUUGUGAGACCAUAUGCUGGUGCGGUUGGCCCUGGGUUCCUCCUAAUGCAAGACAAUGCUAGACCUCAUGUGGCUGGAGUGUGUCAGCAGUUCCUGCAAGAGGAAGGCAUUGAUGCUAUGGACUGGCCCGCCCGUUCCCCAGACCUGAAUCCAAUUGAGCACAUCUGGGACAUCAUGUCUCGCUCCAUCCACCAACGCCACAUUGCACCACAGACUGUCCAGGAGUUGGCGGAUGCUUUAGUCCAGGUCUGGGAGGAGAUCCCUCAGGAGACCAUCCGCCACCUCAUCAGGAGCAUGCCCAGGCGUUGUAGGGAGGUCAUACAGGCACGUGGAGGCCACACACACUACUGAGCCUCAUUUUGACUUGUUUUAAGGACAUUACAUCAAAGUUGGAUCAGCCUGUAGUGUGGUUUUCCACUUUAAUUUUGAGGGUGACUCCAAAUCCAGACCUCCAUGGGUUGAUACAUUUGAUUUCCAUUGAUAAUUUUUGUGUGAUUUUGUUUUCAGCACAUUCAACUAUGUAAAGAAAAAAGUAUUUAAUAAGAUUAUUUCAUUCAUUCAGAUCUAGGAUGUGUUAUUUUAGUGUUCCCUUAAUUUUUUUUGAGCAGUGUGUGUAUGUGUGUAUAUAUAUAUAUAUAUAUGUAUAUAUAUAUAUACAAAAGUAUUUGGACACCCCUUCAAAUUAGUGUAUUCGGCUAUUUCAGCCACACACGUUGCUGACAGGUGUAUAAAAUCAAGCACACAGCCAUGCAAUCUCCAUAGACAAACAUUGGCAGUAGAAUGGCUUUACUCUAGCUCAGUGACUUUCAACGUGGCACCGUCAUAGGAUGCCACCUUUCCAACAAGUCAGUUCGUCACAUUUCUGCCCUGCUAGAGCUUCCCCGGUCAGCUGUAAGUGCUGUUAUUUUGAAGUGGAAAUGUCUAGGAGCAACAACGGCUCAGCCGUGAAGUGGUAGGCCACACAAGCUCACAGAACGGGACCGCCAAGUGCUGAAGCGCGAAGCACGUAAAAAUCGUCUGUCCUCGGUUGCAACACUACAGAGUUCCAAACUGCCUCUGGAAGCAACAUCAGCACAAUAACUGUUUGUCGGGAGCUUCAUGAAAUGGAUUUCUAUGGCCGAGCAGCCGCACACAAGCCUAAGAUCAACAUGCGCAAUGCCAAGCAUCGGCUGGAGUGGUGUAAAGCUCACCGCCAUUGGACUCUGGAGCAGUGGAAACACGUUCUCUGGAGUGAUGAAUCAAGCUUCACCAUCUGGCAGUCUGACAGACGAAUCUGGGUUUGGCGGAUGCCAGGAGAACGCUACCUGCCCGAAUGCAUAGUGCCAACUGUAAAGUUUGGUGGAGGAGGAAUAAUGGUCUGUUACAGCAUACAAUGACAUUGUAGAUGAUUCUGUGCUUCCAACUUUGUGGCAACAGUUUAGGGAAGGCCCUUUCCUGUUUCAGCAUGACAAUGCCCCCGUGCACAAAGUGAGGUCCAUACAGAAAUGGUUUGUCGAGAUCGGUGUGGAAGAACAUGACUGGCCUGCACAGAGCCCUGACCUCAACCCCAUCGAACACCUUUGGGAUGAAUUGGAACGCUGACUGCGAGCCAGGCCUAAUCACCCAACAUCAGUGCCCGACCUCACUAAUGCUCUUGUGGCUGAAUGGAAGCAAGUCCCCGCAGCAAUGUUCCAUCUAGUGGAAAGCCUACCCAGAAGAGUAAGCUGUUAUAGCAGCAAAGGGGGUACCAACUCCAUAUUAAUGCCAAUGAGAUGUUCGAUGAGCAGGUGUCCACAUACUUUUGGUCAUGUAGUGUACUUUGUAUCCCUCAUUUACUCAAGUGUUUCCUUUAUUUUGGCUUUAUCCUUUAUUUCAUUUACUCAAGUGUAAACUUGAGUUCGGCCUACUUCAGCUUCUCUUCCAUUCAAAUGUGCAGUCACAACAUUACAGACCAUCAGAUGUAAAUGUGGACAACACAUCUGACAGCUUUGCAUAUCAACAUACUGAGACAUGACACACUUUUUGUUAUUAUGCGUUAGUGGAGACAUUUUUUGUUUAGUUCAGAGCAGUGGAGCCUGGUGUCACUGGUUCAGAGAUAUUAAGCGCUUUAAAAAGCAAUAAAUCCCUUUGAAAAGGGCGUAUGUGGCAUUGAUUCGAGUCAAACAGUUAUUCUAGUGUCCAAAUAGACUACAAAGUGUAAAUGGGAUAAUUUUGGUCAUCCGUGCAUCACAACGGGUAAUGAAGGUUGGGUUUACAUUUGAUGUCCAUUUGACCAUGGGGUGAACUGGUGCAGUGAUUGCUCUCUAUCCAAUAGCAUAGACAGUGAGACAGACCUGCCCCGCAGCUCCGACUUUGUUUACAUAAGACAAGUCAUCAUGCAUAUUUGAACUUGAGAAAUACUGCACCAAGCACCUUAGUUAGAUGUAGAAUUGCGCAAUCUUAGAUUCAUUCUGGGGAUUUUGAGGAAGUGAAAUAGGCUUCCGCGUCUAGUGUGUCUCAUGGGGAACAAACAUCAUGAACCAAAAGCGGAAUCGGUCAGGAAACACACUUCCAAGACUGAAAUCUCGUUUUUCUAAUGAGUAACAGAAAAAUACACUUGCCAAUCGGCGUGUUCAUUGGCUCUUUUAAUGAUGAACAAGCUUUUUCAUAAGCCAGGAGUCAUAUCAUAUUAGCAAUGGCAUCAUUUGCAGGAAUUUACUUUGAGUGAAACAUUAACAUGUAGGUAUGGGGAGGGGCAUUUAAAGAUCCCGGGCUGGGUUUCCCAAAAGCAUCGUAGCACUAAGAUCAUCUUAAUUCCAUUUAAACUAUACUGAACAAAAAAUAUAAACGCAACAUGUAAAGUGUUGGUCCCAUUUUCAUGAGUUGAAAUAAGAUCCCAGAAAUGUUUCAUAUGCACAAAAAGCUAAUUUAUCUCAAAUGUUGUGCACAAAUUUGUUUACAUCCCUGUUAGUCAGCAUUUCUCCUUUGCCAAGAUAAUCCAUCCUCCUGACAGGUGUGGCAUAUCAAGAAGCUGAUUAAACAGCAUGAUCAUUACACAGGUGCACCUUGUGCUGGGGACAAUAAAAGGCCACUCUAAAAUGUGCAGUUUUGUCACACAACACGAUGCCACAGAUGUCUCACAUUUUGAGGGAGCGUGCAAUUGGCAUGCUGACUGCAGGAAUGUCCACCAGAGCUGUUGCCAGAUAAUUGUAUGCUAAUUUCUCUACCAUAAGCCGCCUCCAACAUAGUUUUAGAGAAUUUAGCAGUACGUCCAACCGGCCUCACAAGCGCAGACCACGUGUAACCACGCCAACCCUGGACCUCCACAUCUGGCUUCUUCACCUGCGGGAUCGUGCCCUCCCGGGCCUACCCAUGGCUGCACCCCUGCCCAGUCAUGUGAAAUACAAAUCGAUUAGGGCCUAAUGAAUUUAUUUCAAUUGACUGAUUUCCUUCUAUGAACUGUAACUUGUUGCGUUUAUAUUUUUGUUCAGUAUAAAUGGACGAAAGAUGAUCUUAGUGCUACGAUGCUUUUGAGAAACCCAGCCCUGGUUAAGUUACCGUGUGAUUGGGCGUUUAGAAUACUAAAAUGAACAUGAACCUUCUUAUGAUGGUAUAAAGGUCAGCCAUUUUGAUCAGUGUUGAUCAACCAUACAUUGCCAGUGCUGUGAUAAGAUAUUGUGUAAAAUAAUGAAUUUGAAGAAUGUAUGUUUGUUAGCUAGCUAGCCAGCUAGUUUUAGAGGAAUGAUUCCAUUCAAAUUAACUGCCAAUAUGCCAACAUUCCAUUCAAACAAUGCAGUCAAUCCACAGCCCCAUACACUGGCUAAAAUCAGUUAAUGAUAGGACUUGGACAAGUUGUAAAUGCAACAAGUACUGCUUGUAUCAUAUAGCACUCUCAGCUUUUCAAGAAAACAAAAAUGGAGACUAUUUAUACAAUUUUUGUUGUUGUUGUUGUAUAAAACCUGUAUAAACUGUAGGCCUAUUUAUAAUUCUAUUACAAUAUUUUAGGUUGACAAUUCUAUUGCACAAUUUCUAAUAUCACAUGCCUUACUUUAAUUUUCCUGCUUAAGUAAAAUCAGGAUUAUGCCUCCUGAGUGGCGCAGUGGUCUAAGGCACUGCAUCGCAGUGCUAACUGCAUCGCAGUGCUAACUGUGCUACUAGAGAUCCUGGUUCGAAUCCAGGCUCUGUCGCAGCCGGCCGCGACCGGGAGACUCAUGGGUGGUGCACAAUUGGCCCAGCGUCGUCCAGGGUAGGGGAGGGAAUGGCCGGCAGGGAUGUAGCUCAGUUGAUAGAGCAUGGCGUUUGCAACGCCAGGGUUGUGGGUUCGUUUCCCAUGGGGGGCCAGUAUAAAAAAAUAAAUAAUGUAUUCACUAACUGUAAGUCGCUCUGGAUAAGAGCGUCUGCUAAAUGACUAAAAUGUAAAUGUAAAAUUCAUUCUAUUUAGACUGGUUUGGAAUCCUCCCUGACCUAUAUGGCUGCCGUUUUUCACCCCAUUUUGGAACUUUGAGGGUUUAUUAAUUACAUUUAAUAUGAUCAGGAUUAUGGGUUUCCUACUUUAAAAAAAAAAAUGUGAUCAUUGGAGUCAUAGGUCAUCAUGGGUCACAGUACUGCCCUGCUGUCAUUGCACAGUAGGACAGAGGGGCCCUGGCCCCCCCAAUAUAGGUCUUCUUUACCACCUUUCUUGCAUGAAAUGACAUUGUUUCAAUCUGGUCUGUCAGCCAGGUCUCAUUUAUUUAGAUAUACUUCUAUUACAUUGCACUACAAAUUAGAUUUUCAUUUAUACGUUUUAUGAUUUAGCACAGGAAAUUUGAGGUUUCCGACAUGGAGUCCCACUAUCAGUCAGUUUACAUGACAGUUGAUUUGUCACUCAACUGCUUUAACACCUUCUAGAGACAAAAAUGGAUACAUGAAUACAAAUGUAUUAUUGAUAUAAUAUCUUUAUUGUCCAUUAAACAACAAAGAUGAUUCUAUUUUGGUGUCACAAUACCAGCACCCAACUGCCUGAGACACACACACACACACACACACACACACACACACACACACACACACACACACACGAGAGGCUGAACCCGUCACAGGGUCAGCUGCAGGGCAUUGCCUGUGGAGAGGGUGUGAUGCCAGCAACCCCCAAGUUAUUUGAUGUAAAUGUAUUUGCAUUGUAGUGGUUACAAAUAGUAUUUCAGUGGGCUAUGAACAGUCCGUUCUUAAACCUGUUUAGCAUAAAUAUUUUGGGUUUUCAAGGGACCAUAUCCUACUCUCUGCCCUUGCCUUACUGUUCUCAAUCAAAAGACUUAGCUGACAAAGAAGAAGAAAAGUCACAAUUUUCCUACCUGGGAUUUUACUAGCUGAUAACAAUGGCACAACAUCACAAUGGGCUAACACAAAGGGGGACUCUUUUUUUUCUAGUAAUGAAUUGAGGAGCCAUUAAAGCCACACUGUACAGACCAUCAAUGAGUGGGCCCCCAACAAAAACAUGAACAAUAGUGCAAAUACAUCCCAUCACAUUUUCCAAUGCAAAUACAUUUUUAUGAUUUAUCUGUAGUGGUCAAGGAAUAACAUUCCAUGAGAUCAACAUUACUUUUUACAAACAUGAUUUGAAGCUGUACAUCAUUUGGCUACAGAGUCAAAGGUAAUUGUUUUUGGUAAUUAUUAGGUCGAACAAACCUAAUCUCAUCACACUGUACAUCUCAGCCCAAGAAAUACAAUUUUGAAGCUGAUUCAAUGGUAGUGGUUAAUCACAUGCGUGCACUGUUCAUACUUAAUUAACUGGCAAUAACACACGUAUACAUAUGUUGACAAAUUGACCUCAUGGCUUAUUACACUGACUUCCUAUAACAGGUUUUGUUGAUUAUAUUCAUAGCUACCAGAUGCCAUAUUGACUUAUCAGUGCUGAUUCAGUUCCCCUGUUAUUCUAUUUUCUAACAGCAGAAAAGGCCAGUGAGCAGGUAGAGGUUGAGAUUGAGCCCAUGGCUCCUCAGACACAUUCUCCAGGUAACUCUCCCUCAGACUACAUCACUGAGUCCUCCCCUCCUCUGGGAAGUGCUCCAGGAAAAACCAAGAGACCAGCAAACAGCUGCAGUGUCUCCAGGAAACCCUCUGUCGAUACAUCCCCUGUCAAACAACCCAACCCCCCCAAAUCCAGCCCCUCUCCGACCCCUGAGGCCCCAAGCACCUCAGCCUCCAGACACCACGAAACAGGGGCCCUGAGGAUCGGCAAGACGUCCUUCACCAUCCCUAAGAAGCAGCCUCAACCCCUCGUGACUCCCACUCUACCCUCACCUUCACCCCCCACCCCAAUGAAUGAAACAAGGAUCCUGCCCGUGUCCCCAGCCCCUAUCGCCCCUUCCUCCAGACCCCCCCAGCCAGCCAACAACCAGGUCAGGCAGAGCAUCCAACGCUCUCUCACCAACAUCCUGAUCAAGAGGUGAAUAUAAAGAAAGAGAUGGCAAAAUAUAGAAAAGUACUCUCACACACACACAGGAUCACAUUGAUUGACAAAGAAAUGGUGGCUUAGUCUGAGAUGACACCCUAUUCCUUAUAAAGUGCACUAGUUUUGACCAGAGCCCAUAGUUCUCGUCAAAGGUAGUGCACUAUAUAGGGAUAGGGUGCCAUUUCGGACACACCCAUUGCUUGAGCUCUCUUUUGAAUGUAGGGCAAAAAUGUUAUUAAAAGAUGACUAAUUACAUUUUGAUUUUAUAAGGGUGUGCGACUGUGACGAUUUGGAGAGGUCUGAGAGAGAAGUGGCAAAGCUGGUCACCAACAUCGAGACGGAGAUGUUUAACAUAUUUAACAAUACAGAUAGCAAGUACAUGAACAAGUACCGAACCAUCAUGUUCAACCUAAAAGACCCCAAAAAUAAGGUUGGUCGAUAGACAGCAAAAAAACAUAUGCUUUGUCAUAUGAAAUAAAUCUAAACUCCACAUAUACAAUUCUCUGUUAUACAGCAUUUCAUUGAAAAAGAUAUGAAAACAACUAUUCAAUGUAACAAAUGUGCCCGCGUCCUUACAAAGUAGACUUCUAGUUCACCAUGUGGUAGUAUGCUUCAUUGAUUGUCUCUUAUUUGGGUGGGUCUCCAGGGUUUGUUCUACAGCGUCAUCCGUGGUGAGGUCAGUCCCUUCAGACUGGCCAGGAUGAGCCAGCGGGACAUGCAGGCCACAAAGGUCUCAGAGGCGAGCAAAAAAGACACUCCAGAGGUACAGUAUAAUAUAGCCUAUGCAGAAACCUAAUCUAAGCCAAAAGCGUAUAAUAAUAAUAAUAAUAAUAAUAAUAAUAAUAAUAAUAAUAAACUAAAGAAGACCAUUUGAAUUUUAAUGUAAUGUGCACAAGUACAAUGAAAUACAAAAAAUAACAUACAAAAUUCACCAUCAUUCUUCACUGAGAACUGUAUCCAUAACUUUACCAGUUGAUUGAGGUGUUGUCUGUGUGUCUUGCCGGUCCAGGAGUCUGGUCCCAAAGCCCCAUGUGUGCUGCCAAAUCCAGCGCCUGAGCCAGUGAAGGUUGAUCUACCUAGUAUUCCUUUUAGGCCCAAUAGACACAUGGUAUGUACAACAUGUAUUGUCUACUCAUACUGAUGCAAUAAAACAUCUAGGAAAUGAUAUCUCCCUCAAUAGGUGAUCAGUUCAUCUUCCAAUGUAGCAUACCUUUUAUUAGAUGAGCAUUUCGGUGUGUCUGUAUCUAUGAGUGUGCAUCUAAGUGUAACGUUUUAAAUAAAUGUGUGACAAUCCUAUUUUCUCAGGAACAGAAGAGCACUCUCCCUGCUGCCCCUAAGGCCAGACCUAGCCAGUCGAACCAGAACAGCUCAGUCCCAGACAUCCUCAGCUGCAUGCUGAAAGACACAACUGCCGAGCACAGAGCUCACCUGUUUGACCUCAAGUGCAAGAUCUGCACAGGUAAAUAAAAAAAGAUAAAGUAAAAUUACAGUGUACACAUUACAACAACAUCCAACAAACACCAUAAUAUCAUGUUCGCCUUCUGCACUGUGUCAAACUAUGUUAGUGAAGGGCAACAGGGUCGGCAACAGUGUUGAUUUCAACUCCCAACGUCAAAUGAAUGAUUUACUGCACUUCUAUGGUGUCGAGCGUAAUGAUGCUGCUAACAGAUGUUUUGUGUGGGUUGGUGUCUGUUUCUGCCCUUCAGGUCAGAUAGCAGUCGAGGGUGAGGAGGAGCCUGUUCCCAAGAAGUCUAAACUCUCUGGGUCAUCGUCAUCCUCCACCAACCCAGACGAAUGGAAAGACAGGCCAUCUCGGCCACCCUGGAUGUAUGCCAGAACAGAUCCCAGAACAGAGGAGAGAGGAUGGAGAACUCCAGCAGGAGAUGAAUCACCCCUCCUUGCACCCCCUGACUCCCCCACCAUGGAUUCCCCUGCUUCCCCCCUAAUGGAGGACGAUUCUGUCUUAACCAUCAUGGAAUCUCCCGCUUCACCCACAAUGGAAUCUCCCGCUUCUCCACCAAUGGAAUCUCCCGCCUCCCCCAUUUUGGAAUCCCCUGCCUCCCCUGUCAUGGAUUCUCCCGCCUCCCCCAUUCUGGAAAACCGCAAAGCCAAGACACCGUCCAGAAUGUAUACCCCAGUCAUGAUCCCGGCUGUUUCUACGGUAACCAUCACAAGGCGUGAUCCCCGCACUGCUGGCAACCGUUCUGCUGCUAUGUCUGGUGACCCCCACACCGCUGGCAACCGCACUCCUGCAAUGGCAACUGUCGCCAUGUCUACAGUCCCACCUCCGCCAGUCUCUUAUGUCCCUGCGAAACUGAGCAAGCCAUUCAUGCCCUUGCCACCACCCCAAUCCCUGCCACCAACGCCAGCAUUACCCAAAUCUAUCCUGAUGAAGCCAUCUUCCUCAUCGUUCUAUGGUUCUUCAGGAUCCUCUGCAUCCUCUUCAAGGUAUCUCCUCUCAGCUUGCCACCAUCACUACAAGUGAUCCUUGAUAAGAAAGUGUUUUACGAUAAUUAGUGCAUGUUCAUUUCAGUCAGAAUAUAAAUUAUGUUUCCUCCUCUGUGCAUGAUUUACAGCUGAGUGAAUGGGCAGUAAUUGACUCUAAUUGUGAUGUUGUGUUUGCAGGGCUGUGAACUCCCACUCCCCUCAAGAUGGGGAGACGACCCAGUUCCUGGCCAAGCAGGAAGUAGUGUGGAAGGGCUUCCUCAACAUGAUCAGCGUGGCCAAGUUCGUCACCAAGGGCUAUCUGGUCUCCGGGCCUUCCGAAUAUCUCAAAGAGGUAACGAAUAUAACACAUAAUUAUGCUACCGUGACUGCAAGAGAAAAAUAGGAGAGCAUUGUCAGAUAUCUUUAGAUUAGUUUAUUUAUGAACAUUUUAAGACAAUACCUCUCAUAAACAACAUAGCAGUUUUGUCUAUAUGGAUAUUAACAAAACAUGUAUUUUGUUUAGGAUCUGCCUGAUACCAUACAGCUUGGUGGAAGAAUCAUGCCUCAAACUGUGUGGGAUUACAUCGGGAGAGUGAAGACCUCUGUUACAAAGGCAAGCCCUCCCUCUGUCAUUAUGAAAGAAACUAUAAAAUGUAGAUAGGGUCUGUGUAUGUCUUUCUGUCUCAAUGAUAAGAGAUUAUUAUUGGCCCACAGGAGCUGUGUGUGAUCCGGUUCCACCCAGCGACAGAGGAGGAGGAGGUGGCCUAUGUGUCUCUGUUCUCCUACUUCAGCAGCAGACGGCGCUUCGGGGUGGUGGCCAACAACAGCCGCAGCAUUAAGGACAUCUACCUCAUCCCACUCAGCGCAAAGGAGUCCAUUCCAUCCAAACUUCAACCCUUCGAAGGAUCAGGUAAGAAAAUGCUGUCAUUUAGGCCAACAUGUAGAAGGCUACACAGAUGGUGCACUGACAUUUGAAUGCGGGUAUAUAUUUUUAGAUGCUAAUGAAUCAUUAGCAUUAUUUUUUGUAAACAUUCAAAACUAAUCUCCCUACUCCUUCUUUAUUUAACAGGCUUUGAGAAGAAUCGCCCCAAUCUUCUUCUGGGACUGGUUAUUUGCCAGAAACCCAAACGUGCGGGAAGCUUGCCACAAGAGGUUGAAGAGAAGAGAGCCAAGAUCCACAUGCCCAAAGACUCCAGAGAUACUGGCCUCCCGAGACUCCCUACGCUGUAUGGGUCUGACCCUAGGACGGAGGAAUUCCUGCCAUACGACCCAGCGAUGCCCAUCAUGUCCACCCCUCCUGGUUCCCCUCCUUCCACUGGAUCCCCGUCAGACUCCUCCUCCUCGGGCUCACUGACUAUUCCAUCACUUCUGUCCUCCGUUAGAGCUGCUCUCCCUGCUUCUGCCCCUCCCCCGACCACUAGCAUGUCCACCACUCCCCUGCAGACCAUCCUGAAGUCACUGUUUGGGAAGGACUCUCCUGGAGUCCCAGCAGUUGCAGCAGUGCCCCCUCCAACCACUUUGCCCCCUCCCCCAAUGGUGGAUCCGAUAGUCCAGCAGUACGGGCAGAAAUCCAAAGUCAAAGAGAUUGAGGAGGAGGAAAAUGAAUAUGAUCGACCAUACGACCCGGAGGAGGAGUAUGAUCCAGCAAUGGGCUAUGGACGGGUUGCACCAAUUAAUAUAGAUAAAAUGUUUGAGGAGAAUGCUGCUGCUCAGGCCACGUGUGCCGAUGAUGACGACGUGGCUUACGACCCUGAGGAUGAGACUAUCUUUGAGGAUAUGCACAAUGAUGGGGUCAGUGUAGAGAAAGUCCCAGCUCCAACUUCAGCUCCAGCUCCUACCCCAGUCCCAGCUCCAGCUCCUACCCCAGUCCCAGCUCCAGCUCCUACCCCAGUCCCAGCUCCCAGUCCAGCCCCAGCUCCCAGUCCAGCCCCAGCCCCUCUGAGCCGGACCAUUACCGGUGCUGUGAUUGUGUCAGCCGCUACUCUGACUGAACAACAGCGAAUGCUUGAGGAUCUCAACAGGCAGAUUGAGGAGCAGAAACGGCAGCUGAAGGAGCAGGAGGAGGCACUGCGUCAGCAGAGAGAGGCAGUGGGCAUGUUCAUGGCCCACUUCUCUGUUUCCGAUGCCUUGAUGUCUCCCCCUACCAAAUCUGGGCUGUCUCAGUUACAAACACCGCAGAGUGAAGGAGAGCAGUCUGAGGCAAAUCCUUCAGUCAAUCAAAGAGCUUUAAAAGGUUUCUUGAAAACGGAGGAAACAGAAGUACCAAUAAAACAAGAGAUUAAGAGCGAGACCAAGACUGUACCUCUUUCAGUGUCAAGAAAUGUGGAAAUGCCCAAUGCAUCACCAAAGCGGGUCAAAGAGAUUAAAAAAGAAAAUAUUCAGGCAACAGACAAUUCAGAUCCUGAAGCUGGUGAGAUCCAGGACUCUGAUGUAGCUUACGACCCAGAGGAUGACACUAUAUUUGAUGAGCUGAAAGACACAAAUGGAGAAGAAAAAGAGAAAGCCUCAACUCGAUCAGAUUCAGCAAGGCGUUCUGAGCGGUCUCGUGACUCCUCAGUGUCUAGCUCGUGUCGUGGUGCAUCGCGCAAUGACACUCCUGAUAGGAGGCGUAAGCGUAGCAGCCAACCAGAUACUCACUCACCAAAAAGACGGGACCGUAAAGUCAGGGACCGCCACGAAAGCCCUCCUCGUAGAUCUGGCCACCGGUCCCCUGGACACUCCGAUAGGCGAAGGGAACGACACAGACGGGGUGAGAGGAGCCGACCAUAUCACAGAGGUCGUCACCACUCUGAGCGCCCAGGCCGCCAUCUCCCUCAUAAAGAGCGUACUUCUCGACGCAGCUCUGGUAGCCAUAGAAGAUCCCCAUCUUCACCAAGACAAAAACGAGAUUCUGGCUCUAGGGGACUCUCAAAGGGUCAAAGGGAGUCUUCUCCUCCUCAAGUGUGGGAUGACUCAAAGAGCCCAGAGGCUCCUGAAGACAUGGGUCCUACAAGUCCAGCUCCAGCACUGGUCAUGGAGGCUAAUGACUCACCUCAGCCCCCUCUUGAUAGACAGGACAUUGAUGAACCACUGUGUGAUCGUUCUAAUUCUGGAGGUCCACCACAGGGAGAGAUUGAGGACACAGGCCAUCAAAUGCCCCAUGAGAAUCCCACUCCCCAGAAGCCUGCGGAACAACAACCUCCUCAAAGCUUGCUGGGAUCACCACAAAGAGGGCCCAACAACCAGCAAGGCCCCAACAUCCAGCGUCAAGACAAUAGGGAUAGGCCCUCUCAACGGGAACUACUAGAGCAACGCAGUGUACAGAGCCCAUCAGACAUUAUGAGAGAAAAACAGUUUUCCUCACAAGGUCCUCCCCACAUGGCCUCUCCAAAUAACCAGGGUGAGCGGUCCAGCAGUUUAGAGAGGAAAGAUCCUGAUAUUAGGGAGGGAAGGAGAAACCAAGGGCCAGAUAUGAUGGGACCAGGGCCAGACAUGAGGGGUGAAAGGAGAGGGCCGCAAAUGAGGCAUCUAAGUCCCAAUAUCAGAGGUCCAGAACCAGACAUGAGAAGUCCAGAUAUGAGAGAGGACCACUUCUCACCAACAACUAACUUUGGAGGAAAGAGAUCACCAUCGCCCCAUUUUAAUAGUCCAAGGAUCCCCUUAUCCGUUCCAAGAGGAAAUUUGAAGGAUCAACAGGGAUCACAUCGUCCUGGUUUCCGCCCCAGGGGUCCUCGUACCUCGAGGUGGGUGCCACCACGGUCCCGGUUUGAUGGUCCACAUAAUCAGCUAGUAGUAAGACCUCUAGAGCUGCUAGGAACACAAAGAGGCACCAACCAGCAUCAUGACAAUGGAGGUGAGCCUAUUCAACCAGAAAUAAAGGACCAACACAUUGUACGGAGCCCAUCAGACAUUAUGAGAGAGAACCAGUUUUCCUCACAAGGUCCUCCCCACAUGGCCUCUCCAAGCAACCAGGGUGAGCGGUCCAGCAGUUUAGAGAGGAGAGAUCCCGAUAUGAGGGAGGGAAGAAGACAGCAAGGCCCAGACAUCAGAAGUCCAGAUAUGAUAGAACCUGGGCCAGACAUGAGGGGUCCAAGGCCAGACAUGUGGGAUGAUAGAAGGGGUCCAGGGUCAGACAUGAGGGGUCCAGGGCCAGACAUGUGGGAUGAUAGAAGGGGUCCAGGGUCAGACAUGCGAGGUCCAGGGCCAGACAUGCGAGGUCCAGGGCCAGACAUGAGGGGUCCAGGGCCAGACAUGCGAGGUCCAGGUCCAGACAUGCGAGGUCUAGGGCCAGACAUGCGGGGUCCUAGGCCAGACAUGAGGGGUCCAGGGCCAGACAUGAGGGGUCCAGGGCCAGACAUGAGGGGUCCAGGGUCAGACAUGAGGGGUCCAGGGUCAGACAUGAGGGGUCCAGGGUCAGACAUGAGGGGUCCAGGGUCAGACAUGAGGGGUCCAGGGUCAGAAAUGAGGGGUCCAGGGUCAGACAUGAGAGGUCCAGAGCCCGACAUCAGGGGUGAUAGGAGAGGGCCAGACAUGUGGGAUGAUAGAAGAGGUACAGGACCAGACAUGACAGAUCCCGAUAUGAAGGAUCCAGGACCUGAAAUUAGGAAUCCAAACAUGAGGAGUUCAGGCCCAGACAUGAGAGAUACAGAAAUGCCAGGCCCAGAUCCAGAUAUGAGAAGUCCAGACAUGAGAGUGGACCACUUCACACCAACAGCUAACUUUGGAGGACAGAGACCACUAUCGACUCAUUUCAGCAGUCCAAGGAUGUCCUCACCUGUUCAAAGAGGACAUUUUGAGGAUCAAAGGGGAGCACAUUGUCCUGGUUUCCGCCCCAGGGGUCCUCGUCCCUCGAGGUUCAACCAGCCCAGGGGCUCAUAUCCAGGGCACUUCCCAGGGGGGCAACCACGGUUCCGUUUCGAUGGUCCACAGGCAGUGGUAAGACCUGCUCAUGCCUCGCUGGUAAGACCUGCUCAUGCCUCGCUGGUAACACCAAGGGAGCACAGUAUACAGAGCCCAUCAGAAAUUCUGAUAGAAACCCAGAUACCCUCACAAGGUCCUCCCCACAUGGCCUCUCCAAACAACAAGGGGGAACGGUCCAGCAGUUUAGAGAGGAAAGAUCCUGAUAUUGGGGAGGAAAGGAGAAACCCAGGGUCAGACAUCAGAGGUCCAGAUAUGAUGAGACCAGGGCCAGACAUGAGGGGUGAUAGGAGAGGGCCAGGGCCAGAAAUGAGGGGUGAUAGGAGAAGGCCAGGGCCAGACAUGAGGGGUGAUAGGAGAGGGCCAGACAUGAGAGGUCCAGGGCCAGACAUGAGAGGUCCAGGGCCAGACAUGAGAGGUCCAGGGCCAGACAUGAGAGAUCCAGGGCCAGACAUCAGAGGGCCAGGUCUAGGGCCAGACAUGAGGGGUGAUAGGAGAGGGCCAGACAUGAGAGGUCCAGGGCCAGACAUGAGAGGUCCAGGGCCAGACAUGAGAGAUCCAGGGCCAGACAUCAGAGGGCCAGGUCUAGGGCCAGACACAAGGGGUGAUAGGAGAGGUCCAGGGCCAGACAUGAGAGAUCCAGGGCCAGACAUCAGAGGGCCAGGUCUAGGGCCAGACACAAGGGGUGAUGGGAGAGGGCCAGACAUGAGAGAUCCAGGGCCAGACAUCAGAGGGCCAGGUCUAGGGCUAGACACAAGGGGUGAUAGGAGAGGGCCAGGGCCAGACAUGAGGGGUGAAAGGAGAGGACCAGGGCCAGACAUGAGGGGUGAUGAGAGAGGGCCAGGGCCAAACAUGAGGGGUGAAAGGAGAGGUCCAGGGCCAGACAUGAGGGGUGAUGGGAGAGGGCCAGACAUGAGGGGUCCAGGGCCAGACAUGAGAGGUCCAGGGCCAGACAUGAGAGAUCCAGGGCCAGACAUCAGAGGGCCAGGUCUAGGGCCAGACACAAGGGGUGAUAGGAGAGGUCCAGGGCCAGACAUGAGGGGUCCAGGGCCAGACAUGAGGGGUGAUAGGAGAGGGCCAGGGCCAAACAUGAGGGGUGAUAGGAGAGGGCCAUACAUGAGAGAUCCAGGUUCAGACAUGAGAGAUCCAGGGCCAGGUCUAGGGCCAGACACAAGGGGUGAUAGGAGAGGGCCAGACAUGAGAGAUCCAGGGCCAGACAUCAGAGGUCCAGGUCUAGGGCCAGACAUGAGGGGUGAUAGGAGAGGGCCAGGGCCAGACAUGAGGGGUGAUAGGAGAGGUCCAGGGCCUGACAUGAGGGGUGAUAGGAGAGGGCCAGGGCCAAACAUGAGGGGUGAUAGGAGAGGGCCCGACAUGAGAAAUCCAGGGCCCGACAUGAGAGAUCCAGGGCCAGACAUGAGAGAUCCAGGGCCAGACAUUAAAGGGCCAGGUCUAGGGCCAGACACAAGGGGUGAUAGGAGAGGGCCAGACAUGAGAGAUCCUGGGCCAGACAUGAGAGAUCCUGGGCCAGACAUGAGAGAUCCAGGGCCAGACAUGAGAGAUCCUGGGCCAGACAUGAGAGAUCCUGGGCCAGACAUGAGAGGGCCAGGUCUAGGGCCAGACAUGAGGGGUCCAGGUCCAGACAUGAGGGGUCCAGGGCCAGACAUGAGGGGUCCAGGGCCAGACAUGAGAGGUCCAGGGCCAGACAUGAGAGAUCCAGGGCCAGACAUGAGAGAUCCAGGGCCAGACAUGAGAGAUCCAGGGCCAGACAUCAGAGAGCCAGGUCUAGGGCCAGACACGAGGGGUGAUAGGAGAGGUCCAGGGCCAGACAUUAGGGGUCCAGGGCCAGGCAGAGUGCCAGGUCUAGGGUCAGACACAAGGGGUGAUGGGAGAGGGCCAGGGCCAGACAUGAGGGUUCCAGAGCCAGACACAAGGGGUGACAGGAGAUGGCCAGGGCCAGACUUGAGGGGUCCUGGGCCAGACAUCAGAGGGCCAGGUCUAGGGCCAGACACAAGGGGUAAUAGGAGAGGGCCAGACAUCAGAUGUCCUGGGACAGACAUGAGGGGUGAUCGGAGAGGUCCAGGGCCAGACAUGAGAGAUCCAGGGCCAGACAUGAGAGAUCCAGGGCCAGACAUGCGGGGUCCAGGGCCAGACAUACGGGGUCCCGGGCCAGACACGAGGGGUGAUAGGAGAGGUCCAGGGACAGACAUGAGAGUUCCAGGGCCAGACACGAGAACUCCAGAGCCAGACAUCAGAGGGCCAGGUCUAGGGCCAGACACAAGGGGUUAUAGGAGAGGGCCAGGGCCAGACAUGAGGGGUCCAGAGCCAGACAUGAGGGGUGAUAGGAGAGGACCAGGGCCAGACAUGAGGGGUACAGAGCCAGACAUCAGAGGGCCAGGUCUAGGGCCAGACACAAGGGGUUAUAGGAGAGGGCCAGGGCCAGACAUGAGGGGUCUAGGGCCAGACAUGAGAGGGCCAGGGCCUGAAACAAGGGUUGAUAGGAGAGGGCCAGGGCCAGACAUGAGGGGUAAUAUGAGAGGGCCAGGUCCAGAGCCAGACAUGAGGGGUCCAGGGCCAGACAUGAGGGUUCCAGGGCCAGACAUGAGAGGGCCAGGGCCUGAAACAAGGGUUGAUAGGAGAGGGCCAGGGCCAGACAUGAGGGGUCCAGGACCAGACACGAGAGAUCAAGAGCCAGAUAUCAGAGGACCAGGUCUAGGGCCAGACACAAGGGGUGAUAGAAGAGGGCCAGGGCCAAACAUGAGGGUUCCAGGGCCAGACAUGAGAGGGACAGGGCCAGAAAUAAGGGGUGAUAGGAGAGGGCCAGGGCCAGACUUGUGGGGUCUAGGGCCAGACAUGAGAGGGCCAGACACAAGGGUUGAUAGGAGAGGGCCAGACAUGAGGGGUCCAGGACCAGACACGAGAGAUCAAGAGCCAGACAGAGGGCCAGACACAAGGGGUCAUAGGAGAGGGCCAGGGCCAGACUUGAGGGGUCUAGGGCCAGAUAUGAGAGGGCCAGACACAAUGGGUGAUAGGAGCGGGACAGGGCCAGACAUGAGAGAUCCAGGGCCAGACAUCAGAUGUCCAGGUCUAGGGCCAGACAUAAGAGGUGAUAGGAGAGGGCCAAACAUGAGAGAUCCAGGUCCAGACAAGAGGGGGGUUAGGAGAGGGUCAGGGCCAGAAAUGGGUGGUCCAGGGCCAGAAACAAGGGUUGAUAGGAGAGGGCCAGGGCCAGACAUGAGAGAUCAAGAGCCAGACAUCAGAGGGCCAGGUCUUGGGCCAGACACAAGGGGUGAUAGGAGAGAUCCAGACCCAGACAUCAGAUGGCCAGGUCUAGGGCCAGACACAAUGGAUGAUAGGAGAGGGCCAAACAUGAGAGAUCCAGCGCCAGACAAGAGGGGUGAUAGGAGAGGGCCAGAUAUGUGGGAUGAUAGGAGUGGGUCUUCACCAAACAUGAGGGGUCCAGUGCCGGACAUGAGCGGUGCAGGACCAGACAUGUGGGAUGAGAGUAGAGGGCCAGACAUGAGAGGUCCAGGGCCAGACACGAGAGGUGAUGGGAGAUGGCCAGGGCCAGACAUGAGAGGUCCAGGGCCAGACACAAGGGGUGAUAGGAGAUGGUCAGGGCCAGACAUGAGAGAUCCAGGGCCAGACAUGAGGGGGGAUAGGAGAGUGCCAGGGCCAGACAUGUGGGAUGAUAGGAGAGGGUCAGAGAUUAGUGUUGAUAGGAGAGGCCCAGGGCCAGACAUGUUGGGUGUAAGGAGAGGGCCAAACAUGAGAGAUCCAGGGCCUGACAUGAGGCGUCCAGGGCCAGACAGGGGUCAAGAAAUGCGAGUCCCAGAUCCAGACAUGAGAAGUCCAGAUAUAAGAGGAGAUCACUUCACAACAACAAAUAAUACUUUUGGAGGAUCAAGGGGAGUAGAAAGUCCUGGUUUCCAUGGUCCCAGGGGUCCUCGCUCCUCGAGGUUCAACCAGCCCAGAGGCUCAUCUCGAGGGUAUUUCCCAGACAAUGGGGGGCAGCCACGGUUUGACGGUCCACGGCCAGUGGUAAGACCGUUGAGGCCUAAAGGAGGUUUACUCCCAACUCCCCCGGAGGGUCUCAUUAGUUUGCCGAACAACAGCCCGGAUGUUUUUAGAGAAGACCAGUGGCGGAGUAGUCACUCGCCUGAUACGAGGAGAACAAGCCUACCCAUAGAGGACUGUGAAAUGAGAAACUAUGGAGACAGAGAAAACAACUCUGAGGAGCGUGGCCGUGGUGGUAACCCCCGAGACAGGGGGAACUUCCAGGGCACAUCGCCCUGCUUGUCCCAGGAGAGGCAGUUGCCUGAGGACAAUGGGAGAGAGCGGGUUGGCAGUCAUGGAAGACAGUGGGGCAGGGGGACAGGUAGGCCUGUGAGUAGGGAGAGAGAAAGGGUUAGAGGGAGAAAAGUAGACAGGCCCAGAGAGGAGGUAGAUGAAAAGCAAAAGACACCCACAGAAAAGGACAGAGACAUUGGCAGAGCCACAAGCAGGGAAGGAGAGGCAAACAGAGGAGGUGUUAGUCUGCACAACCGUUCACUCUCAAAAGACAGUGACAGAGACAGUUUAAAGGAUGGAAGUGGAAAGAAAGAAGAACAAAUGGAGGGAAAGGGUAAAAAGGUUGAAUCAACAGACCCCCCCCAGACAGACACCCCCCAGACAGACACGCCCCAGGAGAGCAAAGGGCCUGUUUAA